AUGUGAAUCCCAGUCUGUCUCAUUGAAGAACAACAUGCAUCUCUACACUUUAAUUAUUGGCAUUUGGCUUCUGCCAAGAGGUGACACUCUGACGUGUUUGGAAUGCAACCCAGACAUUACAGGAACCUGCACUGAAACACAAAUAGAAUGCCCUUCACAAGGUUAUCAAUGUGGUGCAACCAGAGAAGUUUACUAUGCAGCUGGUUUAACACUUAAGGUUGUGGAAGAGAAGGCUUGUGUUCUGCCUGGAAUGUGUGGGCAAGAUUCAGUCAAUUUUGGGGCUUUCCAAAUCGUGCGUGACACCAAAUGCUGCAAGUUUAACAACUGCAACUCUGAGCUCCCAGAACCCAGCAACAACAUUCCUAACACUCCUAAUGGCAAACAGUGCUUCAGCGGAUCUGAUUUAACUUGUGAGGGAAAAAUUUUGACUUGUGAGAGAAAUGAAGACUUCUGCGUUACAAUAACAGUUGAAACAGGAAGACAAACCACCCUAAAGGGAUGUGCCUCAAAGCUGAUGUGCUCUAGCCUUAACUACACUGCUUCUUAUUAUGGAGCACAUUUUAGUUGUUGUGAGGGUGACUUAUGCAACAGGGGCAUCACUACAAGUGCAGGCAGCGUCAUCACUACAAGUGCAAGCAGCGUCAUCACUACAAGUGCAAGCAGCAUCAUCACUACAAGUGCAGGUGACACUCUGACGUGUUUGGAAUGCAACCCAGACAUUACAGGAACCUGCACUGAAACACAAAUAGAAUGCCCUUCACAAGGUUAUCAAUGUGGUGCAACCAGAGAAGUUUACUAUGCAGAUAUGUGUUAA